AUGGGAAGAGUUGAUCCGAAGGCUUGCAAAAAAUUCAAAGAGCAAUUCAGAGUUGAAGGGAAGGCGAGGGAUAUGUUUGAAGAGAAAAGAAGCAUUCUAGAACCAGCUGGUGCUCUUUCUUUAGCUGGGGCAGAAGCUUACUGCCGAUAUUAUGGUUUGAAGGGUGAAGCAGUUGUUGCUAUAACAAGUGGGGCUAACAUGAAUUUUGAUAGACUUAGAUUAGUAACUGAACUUGCUGAUGUUGGACAGAAACGAGAAGCUGUUCUUGCGACUUAUCUACGUGAGGAACCUGGAAGUUUUAAACAGUUUUGUGAAUUGGUUGGUCGAGUAAAUAUAACAGAAUUUAAGUAUCGAUACAAUUCCUGUAAAGAGGAAGCUCUUGUUCUGUACAGCGUUGGGGUUCACGCUGUCUCUGAACUUGAAGACAUGAUAAAGCGAAUGGUGGAUGCAAAACUUAAAACCAUAAAUCUGAUCAAUAAUGACUUGGCAAAGGACCACCUUCGACACCUUGUAUGGUUCUAG